AGGCAACCUAUUUACGGGUGUGUAACUUCGAACAGUUAUCAUGAAGAGAACACAACUUGCUUUGUGUCUUACCGCCGUAAUAGUGGCUGUUUUCGUUGCGGCUGAUGCACGGGGACAAAAACGGAACUGCAACCCAGGCAAUCCCUGCUUCCACUGCCAAGACACGUGCGACUGCAGCAGCGAGGGCCUCUUCUGCACCCCUGCCCACCGCUGCUUCCACAUCCACGUGAGCAACAUGAGCACCACCCGCGAGGUCGAGUGCAACUGCAACCACCUGACUCCGUGCGACUCGAGUCACCCGUGCUGGCACCCGACUGUAGUCAACGAGACUCUCACUACGUACGACUGCGACUGCGACUCGAUUGAAUGCAGCAUCAGACACCCGUGCUGGCACCGCGAGUGUGGGUGCAACUGCACCCAUACGGCCUGAGAAUAGCGACUGUAAACGGAAGAUAUUCCUGCUGACAUCGCGAGACUGCAACUGCAAAGGCUGGGAAUAACGACUGAACGAGCGCUUCAAAGUUCCGGAGUUAUCUGUGCUAGCAAUUGUGCUUGCAACUGCACCUACACUGGCUGAGAGGAUCGAAUGAAAGCGCUCGUAAUUUGCUAUCAAUGAAUCGGUGUUAGGCCAUUAUUUGCGCGUGAUGUGAGCAUCCACAUUGCCCAGCCUUUUAUUUAGCAACCGAGAAAACACGUCUAUAUCGAAACAUAUGAGAGUUACGAGUUUACAUAUUCCUAUUAUAAAAAUGUAUGUUUCAACAUUUGAUGUUCGUUCCAUGUCCACAACAAUUUGGUCCCAUAUUUCUGUGAAUGUUGAAUACAUCUUGCAUGCC